AUGGAUGUGGCCAUCGGGCUGCUGGGGCUGCUGACGGUUCUGCUGGAGGGCAGCUCCGGGCAGGGGGUGUACGCCCCCCCCACCGUGCGCAUCGUGCACUCGGGCCUGGCGUGCAACAUCGAGGAGGAGCGCUACUCGGAGCGGGUCUACACCAUCCGCGAGGGCGAGACGCUGGAGCUGACCUGCCUGGUCACGGGCCAUCCUCGGCCACAGAUCAGGUGGACCAAAACAGCAGGAAGUGCCUCUGACAGAUUUCAAGACUCGAGCGUCUUCAAUGAAACCCUGAGGAUAGCCAACAUCCAGCGACACCAAGGAGGCCGCUACUACUGCAAGGCCGAGAACGGCUUGGGCUCGCCGGCCAUAAAGUCCAUACGAGUGGACGUGUACUAUUUGGAUGACCCGAUAGUGACAGUCCACCAGAGCAUAGGGGAAGCAAAGGAGCAGUUUUACUAUGAGAGAACUGUGUUUCUCAGGUGCGUUGCCAACUCCAAUCCGCCUGUUCGGUACAGCUGGAGACGCGGCCAGGAGGUACUGCUGCAAGGCUCUGAUAAAGGAGUUGAGAUCUACGAGCCCUUCUUUACACAGGGGGAAACGAAGAUCCUGAAGCUGAAGAACCUCCGACCUCAGGACUACGCGAAUUACAGCUGCAUCGCCUCGGUGAGGAAUGUCUGCAGCAUUCCCGACAAGAUGGUGUCCUUCCGACUCUCUAACAAAACAGCAUCCCCUUCAAUUAAGCUUCUUGUGGACGACCCAAUAGUGGUGAACCCUGGGGAGGCGAUCACCUUAGUCUGUGUGACAACAGGAGGGGAGCCAGCCCCCAGCCUGACGUGGGUGAGGUCCGCCGGCGUCCUGCCCGAGAAGACGGUCCUCAACGGCGGCACACUGACGAUACCUGCCAUCACAUCGGAAGAUGCUGGCACAUACAGUUGUGUCGCCAAUAACAAUGUUGGAAACCCUGCAAAAAAGUCCACCAACAUCAUUGUAAGAGCCUUAAAAAAAGGACGUUUCUGGAUCACCCCUGACCCAUACCAUAAAGACGACAAUAUCCAGAUUGGGCGAGAGGUGAAAAUCUCCUGCCAGGUGGAAGCCAUCCCUUCGGAAGAGCUGACAUUCAGCUGGUUCAAAAACGGACGCCCCUUGCGAAGCUCCGAACGGAUGGUCAUCACACAGACUGACCCCGACGUGUCGCCUGGCACCACGAACCUGGACAUCAUUGACUUGAAAUUCACAGACUUUGGGACAUACACGUGUGUGGCGUCUCUGAAAGGAGGCGGCAUAUCGGAUAUCAGCAUUGAUGUCAACAUCUCCAGCAGUACGGUCCCACCCAAUUUGACCGUUCCUCAAGAAAAGUCCCCCCUGGUCACUCGGGAAGGGGACACGAUCGAGCUGCAGUGCCAGGUGACAGGAAAGCCCAAGCCCAUCAUCCUGUGGUCCCGAGCCGACAAAGAGGUCAUGAUGCCGGACGGGGCGAUGCAGACGGAGAGCUACGAUGGCAUCCUGAGGAUCGUGAACGUGUCCAGGGAGAUGACAGGAACCUACAGGUGCCAGACCAGUCAGUACAAUGGGUUUAACGUGAAACCCAGGGAAGCCUUAGUACAGCUCAUCGUGCAGUACCCCCCCGCCGUGGAGCCGACCUUCCUGGAGAUUCGGCAGGGCCAGGGCCGGAGCAUCACCAUGAGCUGCCGGGUGCUGAGGGCAUACCCGACACGGGUGCUGACCUACGAGUGGCGGCUGGGCAGCAAGCUGCUGCGCACGGGCCAGUUUGACGUGCAGGACUCCACCGAGUACACCGUCAGCAGCCUCUCCCGCGACACCUACGGCAUCUACAACUGCAACAUCAUCAACGAGGCGGGUGCCGGCCGCUGCAGCUUCCUCGUCACAGGCAAAGCCUAUGCCCCCGAGUUCUACUACGACACUUACAACCCCCUGUGGCAGAACAGACCCCGUGUUUACUCCUACAGCCUCCAGUGGACCCAGAUGAACCCCGACGCUGUGGACCGCAUCCUUGCCUAUCGCCUAGGGAUCAGGCAGGCUGGACAACAGCGUUGGUGGGAGCAGGAAAUUACAGUGAAUGGAAACAUUCAAAAGGGAGAAUUAAUUACCUACAACCUCACUGAGCUGAUCAAGCCAGAGGCAUAUGAAGUCCGACUAACACCCAUCACCAGAUUUGGGGAGGGGGACUCAACCAUUCGGGUCAUCAAGUAUAGUGCUCCAGUAAAUCCACACCUACGAGAGUUCCACUGUGGCUUUGAGGACGGUAACAUUUGCCUUUUCACUCAAGACGAUACAGACAAUUUUGACUGGACAAAGCAAAGCACUGCCACCAGAGACACAAAAUAUACCCCCAACACUGGGCCAAAUGCAGAUCGGACUGGCUCCAAGGAAGGUUUCUACAUGUACAUCGAAACAUCGCGCCCCAGGCUGGAAGGAGAAAAGGCCAGACUUGUCAGUCCCGUUUUCAGUGUUGCUCCAAAGAAUCCUUAUGGAGCUACGAACACAGCCUACUGUUUUAGCUUCUACUACCACAUGUAUGGACAGCACAUAGGAAGCCUGAACGUUUACCUGCGGUUGAAAGGACAGACCACGAUAGAGAACCCAUUGUGGUCUUCAAGUGGAAAUAAGGGCCAGCAUUGGAACCAAGCCCGCGUUAAUAUAAACCCCCCGACUUCAUUUCAGCUCAUAUUUGAAGGGAUCCGGGGCCCAGGCAUUGAAGGUGACAUUGCUAUCGACGAUGUAUCAAUUGUGGAAGGAGAGUGUAUGAAGUCCGACCAGCCGGCCAACAAUUUACGAUCAGGUGCUGUUGGGACAUUAGCGCAUAUACGACUUAUCCCAGUUAUCAUCCUCAUGUCUGUCUUAAGUCAUCAGAGGUGACCUUAUCCUGGCAGAGGCUACAAAAGAUUCACCAGGCACUGGCAUGAAGAAAGAGUCUUUGUAAAAUGGACAUUUAAAAACAAACUACCAAAGAUUCCUCCACUGACUGACUCAAAAGUUAAAUAAAUACAUAAUAAAUAAAAAAAAAUUAAAAAGCACUGGGGACAUAAAAGGCAUCACAGGAGUGUAACUCACUAUGAACCAUGCGUGAGAACGAGAUCUGGCCUAAGUAAGGAAGAGACCUUCAGGUGCUUUUGUGGUCAAUAAUGAAUACAGCAUCAUCUGGUUGAACUCUCGGAAAAGAGCUAUAGAAACCCUUGUCAAAGCACAAAGUCAUGGCUGGUUUUGUUUCAAAUGAAUAGUUUGCUUGUUACCAUGGAAACCUAAUGGCCUGCCAAAAAAAAAAAAAAAAAGGAAAAAAAUGGAGAGAGAGAGGAAAUAAUAAAAAUAAAACACAGAGAGAGAAACACCUCACUGUAAACAGGGUAUGUGAAGAGCUGGCAUUCAUUUUCCCUUCAAGAAGGUUUUUAGCAUAGAGUUAAAUAAAUGUAGGCCCUUUUGCCUUUGGCUGUCACUUCCCCUAGAGAAUAACCCUAAAUCAGAGCUGUUUUAAGACAUUUAUGUUUCAUUUCUCAUGGCUAUGCUUGAUAACUGUAUGCUGUCUCCUUUUGCAUGCAUUACUAUCCAGGAUGUGCGACCUGGGCUUACAUAUUACACAGGCUUAUCGGAGCUUG